CCAGAGCUCUGUUGAUAGCAUUCCUCACCAAUCGCCGGCAAGAUGGCUGAUCAUUACACCUUCCCCAGGAAAUUUGUCCGUGGACAGUCUCUUCAAUUCCAAAGCUUUGCUCCAGCAUUUAUACUCCUCUUCGGCCUCCUUGUCGUGGUUGCGUUUGCCAUAGUCUUCUUCUGUCCAUCUGCACCUCGUCCUCUGGAAUCCCCUCCCUCUGACCCCGACCCCGAGAGACAGUCUUUGCUCUCCGAUCAACCCCGUUCAAGAUGAAUCAUGACGAAGGCGAAAGACCCGACGUGGGCACCCUCACUGGAGAAGAAGUGGCCAAACACAACUCCAAGGAGUCAUGUUGGGUUAUUGUCCAUGGAAAAGCCUAUGAUGUGACAGAGUUUCUACCAGAGCACCCUGGCGGUUCCAAGAUCAUCCUCAAGUACGCUGGCAAAGAUGCUACUGAGGAAUUCGACCCCAUCCAUCCCCCCGAUACGUUGGACAAGUAUCUGCCUCGCGAGAAACACUUGGGUCCCGUGAACAUGGAAACUGUCCAACAGGAAGAAAAGGAAGAAAGUCCCGAGGAGAAGGCAAGACAAGAGCGGAUCAAGAACAUGCCGCCUCUUGACGCAUGCUACAAUCUCAUGGAUUUUGAGAGUGUCGCAAGACAGGUGAUGAAGAGGCCGGCCUGGGCAUACUACAGCUCUGGUGCGGACGACGAGAUCACUAUGAGAGAAAACCACUCCGCCUUCCAUAAGAUCUGGUUCAGACCGAGGGUACUGAUUGACGUGGAGGAGGUGGACAUCAGCACUACCAUGCUCGGGACAAAAUGCGACAUUCCCUUCUACGUCACCGCCACUGCGCUGGGGAAGUUGGGUAAUCCCGAGGGAGAGGUUGUCCUCACAAGAGGAGCAAAGAAGCACAACGUGAUCCAAAUGAUUCCAACCUUGGCUUCUUGCAGUUUCGACGAAAUCUGCGAUGCUCGGGAAGGUGACCAAUGUCAAUGGCUUCAGCUGUACGUCAACAAAGACCGAGAGAUCACCAAGAAAAUAGUUCAACACGCAGAAGCACGAGGCUGUAAAGGCCUCUUCAUCACGGUCGAUGCUCCCCAAUUGGGCAGACGAGAGAAGGAUAUGCGCAGCAAGUUUGACGACACCGGCUCCAACGUCCAAAAAAAGAGCGGGGAGAACGUUGAUCGAUCACAAGGUGCCGCCCGAGCCAUCUCGAGCUUCAUCGACCCUAGCCUGAGCUGGAAAGACAUUCCCUGGUUCUUGAGCAUCACCAAGAUGCCCAUCAUUCUCAAAGGUGUCCAGCGGGUAGAGGAUGUCCUCAAGGCCAUUGAGGCGGGCGUCCACGGUGUUGUCCUUUCCAAUCACGGAGGUCGCCAGCUUGACUUCGCCCGCUCUGGCGUCGAAGUCCUCGCUGAGGUCAUGCCCGUUCUGCGUGAGAGGGGCUUGCAGGAUAAGCUCGAGAUCUUCAUUGAUGGAGGUGUCCGCCGAGCAACCGACAUUAUCAAAGCUUUGUGUCUGGGUGCCAAAGGUGUAGGCAUCGGCCGACCAUUCCUCUUCGCGAUGUCGGCUUAUGGACUGCCCGGUGUGGAUCGUGCCAUGCAGCUGCUGAAAGACGAGAUGGUUAUGAACAUGAGGCUUAUUGGUGCUUCCAAGGUGGAGGACCUCACGCCCGAUAUGGUCGACACCUCUGGUUUGCGGUACCAUACGUCGACCGUCCCCCAGGAUACUCUCGGAAUCCGAGCCUACGACCCUCUGAUUACACCUCACGAGAUGCUCAAGGCGAGACUGUGAUUUCUAGAGCACGCAGCGAGAUCUAUGCUUGAGGUCGCCGAGCAGCAUUUGUAUAUGUUUUUGGGUUACACGAUACACGGGCGGCCAGGGCCAUGAAUGUACUUGAGAACAAAACUUGGAGCAUAAAGGAGACUUCCUCCUAACGUAGACUGAUUACCACCGAAGAAACCCUUCCCGGCAUGUAACCAUCCACACUGUUAGCUGUAUGGGUGAGCGGGUGAUCCGCUGGAGCCGAAGCUCUUCUCCCUAUAAAACACAGAAUGGUCCAGGGAGGUUGUCCUUCGGUGGAGGGCUGUUGUUUCAACAAAUACGCAAUCUGCUGCGUUCGGCAAUGAUAAUAUUACGCUCAGACCUCAUUGAGCUCAUUACCUUA